AUGUCCUUCUUGGUUGACCGCUUCGAGAAAAUCUCGAAUGGGGCUAUCUAUGGCGCCCAUAUCGUAUUCAAUUGCCUUGUCGGUAGUGGUACUAUAAUAUUAGACGUGUCUAACUUCAUUGAACGAGCGUCUCCUUGUCAAGGAUACGUUGAUGAGCCACGGCAAUGUUGUUCUAGGUCAAUAAUGUCUCAAAAUGAUCAUAUGCCACACCGCCGUACCAUUCUAGCUAUACACGACAGGGCUCUAUUAUCUCUUUUUUCUUUAGUUGUGUAUAAUGCGAAAAAUAAAAUAAACAUUAAUAUCACUAACCAGAUUGUUUACUUUUCUGAUGGGCUCUUGUAG